AAUUACUGCGACUCGGUUACUAUGGAUAACAGAACUACACCUCCCAGCAGGCCCGGCAGCACUUCCUGCAUCCUGUGUUAGGUUGCCCUGGUAACAGCAGAGGUACAGACAGUGUGGAGACGGGUACACUUAGCAAGGUGUCGGCCGGCGGAGACAGAGGAGCAGGAGAUGUAUGUGACGGAGACGGAGGAGCGGGACGAGCGGGAGAUGGACGUGACGGAGGAGCGGGACGAGCGGGAGAUGGACGUGACGGAGACGGAGGAGCGGGGGCAGACAGACGGGGGGAUCGGGGAGGACCUACUGACUGAAGACGAGCUGCGUGAUUUGCAGGAACAGCUGUCUCAGAUUGAGCUGCCCGGCUCCGGCCACCGCGAACCCCUUCCCCCUGACAAUGACAUCGAGUUCCCCUCAUCCUACAAAACCAACUCCCGCAAGGAGCGGAUCUUGCUUGAUCUAGCGGAAAACUUCUGCCGUCAGUACGCGCACCUCUACCCGGACCGGAAACCCCUCUUCACCUGUCCCCAGAAUGAGUGUGGGGUGGAGAAGUUUGUCUGCACCACUCUGCGCCCCACUCUCCUUCCGUACCCGGAGCUGUACAGCUGGGAUGGCUGCGCCCGCUUUGUGUCCGAGUACCUGGUGAUGCAGCCCCUACACCCCCCGCUGGAGCUGCCGCGCAUGCUCCUCUCUUCUAGCACGGCCCUGCGGAGGCAGCAGGGGAGCUGCUUUGAUUUCAGCGUGCUGCUGUGCUCUCUGCUGCUGGGUGCCGGCUACGAUGCGUACUGCGUCAGUGGGUACGCGACGCGGGAGAUGUGCCUAAUGGACGAGAGCCGAGACAUCUGCCCCCUGCUGCAGAAACCCAAAGAGAUCCCCGGGGAGCCCCCUGUGAAGCAUCACAAGAAGUACAGCGUUAAAGCCCCCCGACAGCUGAUCAGUAACUUUGAGGUGCAGCAAAACGCCAAGCAACAAGAGAAGAUCCAGCAAGGCCUUCGCCGACAGCGCCAGGAGGAGGAGCAGCGCCUGGCGGAUGCAGAACAGCCCGGGCCGGAUCCUUUGUAUGGACUCCGGGUGCAUUGCUGGGUUUUGGUUCUGUGUGGGAAGCGCGAGGUGCCGGAGGAUUUCUUCAUUGAUGCGCUCACCGGGAAAAGCUUCCAGACCAAAGAUGAACAUUUCCUGGGUGUCGAAAGUGUUUGGAAUCAUGAGAACUACUGGGUUAACAUGCAGGACUGCCGCCACGCGUGCAAGGACAUGAGGUUUGAUUUGGCCGAUCCCCUGCACUGGGAAUACAUGCUUCUGAGUGCCUCCAAACCGCUGCUUCUCACCCCCAAUGCGGAGCAGGAGGACGAGGAGGAGGAUGAAGACCCGGACCAAGACACAAAGCCGGUACUACAGAUGCCCCCAUCUUGGGUCCUUCCCAUUGUGAUAACUCCAAAAGACUUUGAGACUCGCUGUCCCCAGGGCAAGAAAGUUCUGCAGUACAAGAAGACCAAGUUGGAGAAAUGGGCCCCGUACCUGCAGCGGGAUGGACUGGUUUCCCGUCUCUCUCUUUACCUGGACAGCGAGUGCUCUCAGGUGGUAGAAAUCCAAGACUGGUUUCAGAACAGGCAGGACAAGCUGGAUAUGAGGCGUCGGGAAACGCGGGCCGGGGUGACUAGCGAGUACUUCUCUCCUGGACGCAGCGAUGCCUUGAAAGUCCAUGUCUUCCAGUCUAUGGCUCCGGAGAGCGAGCGCAGGAUGGUCUUUUACAGCGAGUCGCGUCUAGAUGGUCUAAAGACGAGAGACGAGAAGGCCACGGAGAUGACGGAGACGUUUCAGGGCCGAUCAGACUUCCUGUAUUACCGGCACACGCUGUUCAGGAAAAGGCCUAAGAAGGUGGCAAUAGCAGGAGGCCCCGCGGAGGCUAAUCCCAGACCCAUUCUGAAAGUUACAGAGCGUUUCCAUAGGAAUGAGGGGAAAGCAGCCAACGAGGAUGUGGCCGAGCGGACCUUCCUGCUCACAGAGGAUCGCAUCCAGCUCCGCAGUCACCGGGCAGAUGAUCGUAUCACCACCUCGUCCUGGGACUUCCUGAAGCCACCCAAUUUAGGAGAGAAGGGCGCGCGUGUCACUCUGACUCCAGAGACCUGUGCCUCCUACCAGGUGGAGCCCCGUGAAGCGGUCACCAAACAGCUGUACAUGUACGAGACCCUGAUCCGCCUGCAGCGGGGGGAGCUGGAUGCAAAGGAGGCAGUCCGGAGGUCAGAGGCCGAGGUUCUGAAGAUCUUGGCCGUCCGCACUCAGGAAGAGGCCUGUCCUCGGCUCACCGUAUCCAUUUACGACACAGAACGAAAUGAGAAGAGCAAGGAGCAAAGAGAGGCCAUGGAGAGAGCGCAGCGGGAGGACAGCGAGCUCCGCGCCAUGCUGGAGCUAGACUACCUGGCACCGUACCUGGCCCAGCUCGGAGACCCCGUGAAGCUGAACCGAGCGCAGGCACAGCAAGUAAAGGAAGACUGUCUGAGGGACCUGAAGCAGAGGCUCAUCGAGCAAGCAAACCUCAUCCAAGCUCGCUUUGAGAAGGAAACCCAGGAGCUCCAGAAGAAGCAGCAAUGGUACCAGCAGAACCAGCUGUCCAUGGCCAAGGAGGACGAGGAAAGCUAUCUAGACUUCUGCUCAGAAGCCAUGUUCCGCAUCCAUAUCUUGGAGACCCGACUUAACAGACACAAGGACCUAGCGCCCAAGAAAUACCUGGCUCUGGAAGAUCAGCUAAACAAGGACCCGCGGCUGAGUGAGCAGCUCCUCUCCUCAUAAUUCCCCGUAUCCCUCAAUAAACAUGCCUUCCAAUGCACCCUU